GAAGCAGAAGCAGAAGCAGAAGCAGAAACCAUCCCGUGCAAGCAGUKCGUACGAGUUCGUACCCGUACCMGUCCUCGACGAUCCCGCAGAAGCAAACAGCGAAAGGAUCGAUCGAGAUGACCUCUUCGGUGGCCAAGACGUGCUUCGACGCGAUCCGGGCGAAGCAAUCGGCCGUGGCCGCCGGCUACCACCCGAUGGUGGUCGACCGCCACGAGGUCUACCGCGACUUGCUCUCGCGGGCGGUGGAUUCGUCGUCGGCAGCGGGAGCGGGAGCGGGAUCCCAGGAAAGGACACCGAGAACGAGAACGAGGCGGCAGACCCCCCUGGUCAACGCCGGGUACGCCUCCCGGGUGCUAGCGGUGUCGUCCGCGAUCCGGUCCUUCGUAUCGUACCACGCUCUGUUGACACCCGGAAAGGACGGACCAAACGAACCACAAGAACAAGAAUCACAACAAGAACCACAACAAGAACCACAACCACACCGCCGACCGCGAAGCAUCCGGAUCGUCUUUCUGGGGUGCGGGGUGGACGUCAUCGGGAUCUGGGCCCGGUCCCUGGCGCCUACCGAAAAGACCGGCGAUCYKUCGAUCACGAUCGUCGAGGUGGACACGCCGGAGGUCUGCGCGAUCAAGCGCGAGAUGGUGGCCGGGCGGGGCCUGGUCCGCGACCUUGCGGAGCGGGGGGGCAGAAGGGGUGGUCCGCCCUGCCACGUUGGGAGGAUCGCCUUUGGGAGUGGUUGCGGCGCAAGGGACUACUGGCUCGUUCCCGGGGACCUGGCCGAYCUCUCCACGCUCGAGCCGGUGCUGCGGGCGCCGGAAAGGGAGGAUCCCUCGGAGGAGCCGGUGCCGACCCUGGUGGUCUCCGAGCUCGUCCUGUCCUACCUGUCGCCCCCGAGCACCGACCGGCUGCUGGAGUGGUGCUCCGAGAGGCUCUGCGCCACGCCGGACAGCGCCCUGGUGCUGCUGGAACCCCUGGGGCCUCCCCCUUCUGCUUCCGAAGGAUCCCCCGURUCGGUGGUGGAGGGCUAUCGGAGGGACUACUGCCAGAAAUUCCACCGCAAGAUGGAGCGGGGUCGGUCCGCGCCGUCGUCUUUGCCUUCGCCGCCGAAUUCGCACUCGCACUCGCCGGCCGACGGAUGCUUUCACCCCAUCGGAGGAUCGGAGGGGGAGAUCGCCAGGCGGCUGGCGAACCGCGGGUUUUCUCGGGACUCGUCCGCGGUGAACCUCGGCGUGGCGUCGUCCUUUGCGGUGGCGGCCUCCGUUUCGGACCCCUCGAGCAGCGGAUCCGCCGCCACCRUGGAGUGCCCCGAGGUCUUUGACGAGCACGCCGCACUGGCGUUGCACCUGCGCUCCUAUGUCGUGGCCGUUGGCCUGGCCGCUCACAAACCGCGGUCCGUGCACCGCGCCGAUCCCUCGCUCUUUCGCCGCUUCGUCUGCCCGUGGGGGACGAAAGACCACCGGCGGAAACCCGACCUCGCCCUGGCCCGGUCGGGACUCCCCGCUCUCGGCCCAGGGGGGGGCAUCGUUUGCACGGAGAUCGAGGCCUGCGACGAGGCGUCCGUCCGGGACCUCUUCCGAGGCACCUACGGGAAAGACUACACGGAGAAGCACCCGGCCAUCCGGAAAAUGGUCAGGGCGGCCCUGGGCAAGGACCUGCGGGAAACGGAGCGGGCCGAAACGGCGGGAGCCGCAAAUUCCGAAACCCGGCCCUCGAGGAUCGGCGAGCACUACCGCUCCCUCGGGGGGAUCUUUCUGGUGGCGGUCCGGUACGCGGAAAGCGCACGAGAACACGAACGAACAAGAACCGUUCAAGGGCCCCGGGAGGUGGUGGGGUGCGUCGGCGUUCGGUACGGCGACAAACUGCCCGAAGAACGCGGAAGCGCAAGCCGGAGGCUCUCCCUCGAGGUGGUGCGGCUGGCCGUGGAAGCUGGGCACCGGGGGCUGGGGAUCGCCACCCUUCUGCUCGGGGCGGCGGAGGCGUACGCCAUGGAACGACACAAGGGAAGCAAGGGCCUCCGGUUUUUGGCCAACACCCUCACCCUCCUGGAGCCCGCGCUGCGCCUCUACGAAUCGAAGGGAUACUUGGCGGAGCGCGAUGCCCCCCUCGGGGCCAGCGGGCUCGUUCUUCGAACCUACGCCAAGCACGAGCCGUGAAAGGGGGUGGUUGGUUGGUUGGUUGGUUCGAGGCAGGCACCGCACACACGACACCCGACACACCACGCCCGCGAACCAACCACCUCUGUUUCGUGGUCUCGUCGCCCCCGGGGCYUUUAUGGCAGACGAAUUCUCUCCUCCCCGUUUCCGACCCACGCAYGCCACCCCAGGCAAAGCACGGCCACGCAUGAGGCAACCUUCCGGACACUUUUUCUGGCGCAAAAGCGUUUCGAAAAGGAUGCCCUCGGUAACCCAAAGCCAAAGCUAUGGUUGGCAGGGAAUCAUCAACGAAGAGGAUUCGACGUGUGUUGCCACAAGAACGGUGGUCCAUACACUGACCACCGAUUCCGAACAACACGGAAAGGGAAUUUUUUGGUGUUGGCUGCACGAUAAUUAGAGAUCGAUAAUACUGURCACCACUUGCUUGCUUAUCUUGCUAAACAAACAACUCACCAUGGA